AUGUGUCACCGCAAGGUGAGACUAUCGCAACAGUCCCCAUACAUGUGUCACUUCAAGGUGAGACUACUGCAGCAGUCUCCAUACAUGUGUCACUUCAAGGUGAGACUAUCGCAACAGUCUGCAUACAUGUGUCACUUCAAGGUGAGACUAUCGCAACAGUCCCCAUACAUGUGUCACUUCAAGGUGAGACUACUGCAGCAGUCUCCAUACAUGUGUCACUUCAAGGUGAGACUAUCGCAACAGUCCCCAUACAUGUGUCACUUCAAGGUGACACUACUGCAGCAGUCUCCAUACAUGUGUCACUUCAAGGUGAGACUAUCGCAACAGUCCCCAUACAUGUGUCACUUCAAGGUGAGACUACUGCAGCAGUCUCCAUACAUGUGUCACUUCAAGGUGAGACUAUCGCAACAGUCUGCAUACAUGUGUCACUUCAAGGUGAGACUAUCGCAACAGUCCCCAUACAUGUGUCACUUCAAGGUGAGACUACUGCAGCAGUCUCCAUACAUGUGUCACUUCAAGGUGAGACUAUCGCAACAGUCCCCAUACAUGUGUCACUUCAAGGUGACACUACUGCAGCAGUCUCCAUACAUGUGUCACUUCAAGGUGAGACUAUCGCAACAGUCCCCAUACAUGUGUCACUUCAAGGUGAGACUACUGCAGCAGUCUCCAUACAUGUGUCACUUCAAGGUGAGACUAUCGCAACAGUCCCCAUACACGUGUCACUUCAAGGUGAGACUACUGCAGCAGUCUCCAUACAUGUGUCACUUCAAGAAUCUUGGAAUUUAA